UACAGGAAAGCAAAAUGUGUGGCACUGUGAACAACUUUAGGAGAAUUGAGCAGAUGGUUCCUAAUGACUUGUUAAAGCGUGCUUUGUGAGGAUGAGUACCACACCUGAAGCUUUUCUUUCACUAAGGUCACAUUUCAGCAGCUCUCAUGCUGUGCUCUGCAUCAGUCACUGGAUUCUGGGCAUUGGUGAUCGGCAUCUCUCUAACUUCAUGAUUAACACAGAGACUGGUGGUAUGAUCGGCAUCGACUUCGGUCAUGCUUUUGGAUCAGCCACACAGUUCCUCCCAGUGCCUGAACUGAUGCCAUUUAGGCUGACACGGCAGUUUAUAAACUUGAUGCGACCCAUGGCAGAGUCUGGUCUCAUCCAGAGUGUGAUGGUACACUCAUCACGUGCCUUCAGAGAUGACCCAGACCUGCUGCUCAACACCAUGGGUGUGUUUGUGAAGGAGCCUUCACUCGACUGGAAGAACUUUGAGCUGAGGCAGCUGAAGAAAAGAGGUACCUGGACAGAGAGUGUGACCACCAAAAAAAUAAACUGGUUCCCUCUACAGAAGGUCAACUUUGCUUGCCGGAAGCUAGAGGGAGCCAAUCCCUCGGUUAUAACAAGUGAGGAGCUCUGUCUUGGAUUUGAGAAGACCCCAGAAUAUAAGGAAAUGUUGACUGUUGCCCGAGGCGAGAAAAAGAGCACAACAUACGAGCUCGACACAAUGAGAAAGACCUGAGUGUUGAAGAUCAGGUAGACUGCUUGCUCGAUCAGGCAACAGACCCCAAUAUACUGGGCAGGGUGUGAAUAGGCUGGGAACCAUGGGUUUGAACCAAAUAGUGGGUAACAAUGAAACAAGUUCAUGUGUUUUUUUUUUCAACCCCUUUUUCAAAGUGUGAAGACCAGGCUUUCAAAACCACAACUGCUGUCAUAUGACACGGUUUUGUAGUAAUGUUCUGCUAGAUACUAUAGAUUUAACUAAACAGACCUUGCGUUGAUAAACUCAACAACACAGUUGUGAAAACUGUACA